AUGCCUGCUUUGCUAUCUCCGACUCUCGACUAUGCCGGUCAUACGUCCAAGAGCGACUCUUUCUCGCACAUAAAGCGAAGCCCAGCAUUGCCCAUAUCUCCAAUUUUGACAAAAGAUGUGGCAGAGCGACCUUUGCCGGCUCAAGGUGGCUCAAUCCUCAAAUCAAGGAGCACGUCUUCGCCCCCUGCCGCAAAUCUUGCCCCAGCGGAAAUCUUAUUAGAUAUAUUCUCCAUGUUGGCCCCCAGAGACUUUGACAACGCCCGGCGCACAUGCUCGCAAUGGAUGCGAGUUAGCUUAGACAAGAAGCUACUCGAGACCACGUUGAAAAGAGCAGGAUGGUGGGAUGCAUGGUUGCAAGACUGCAAGAUACGCACUUCUACCCGAUCUGAUGAGAGCGAAGUCUGGAGAAUGAGCCGCCGCUUUUCAACGGAAUGUGUGCUUUCAGGGCGAGAUUCGAAUGUUGAGAAGCUGGGCUUCUCGACUACCGCGGUGGUAGACUUCACAAGUCUUUCCGAUACGACAAAAAAGUCCCGCGGCAGUCAUCUUCAACCUGUUUUGCAAUUCGGCGAAGACAAAGAGCGGGCAAGGUCGACUUUCAGUAUUAGCAGUUGCAGCAACUACCUCCUCGUGACGACAGGCUGCAUGAUCUACGUGUAUUGCCUUUUGGGUCGAAAGGCCCGGUCGACGUCUGGAACAGACCUCAGUGACGUUGACCUGGCGCCGAUAUCACGCAUAUCGUGUCCAUUUGGUGUUAUUUCGGCCACCAUCGACACCAGCAAGCCCCAAUUUACCAUUGCGGCAUUGCUAUGCAACCGGGUUGGCAUGAUUUGCAACUUGGAUACGACUUUGGUCAAAGAUUCAACGCCAAAUCUCUCUUCUAUGCCCACGAUCGCUCCGACAUCUCGUCAUUUCUUCUAUAACAUCUGUACAGUUGACAACCCACCACGGACGGUCGCAGUUUGUCCAGGCCAACGCCUCGUUGCCUUUGGCUGUGCCUCGGGCAUCGAAAUUCACAGCGUGGAUGAAACAAAACGCAAUGAGCAACGCAAACACUUCACCCUCCCUCAACCCUCAGAAAUCGUCCACUUCCUCCCCAGCAGUCCAGAGACACCCACUGAGCUUCGUCUCAUCUCUUCACUGUCCGGACCAGGCUUCCACGAAUGCAAAUGCCCUCCUUCGCCAUCCCCUUCGACUUCAUUCUCCUCCCCAUCCGCCUCACCAAAACUCGACCUCAAGAACAAUCAAUUCCACUUUCUUGCCGAUGUCCAAUCAUUCAGUCGACGUCGCAUUCCCCACACUCCAUCCCGCAGCUUCGUCCGCGCGACGCACUGUCAUCACUACAGCGCAGUCCCCAUAAACGACGGCCUGCACAUCAUGUUCAUUGAACCACGCACAAGCCUACUAUGCAUAGGCACUGACGCUCCAAUCGGCGGGCCAACGAGUCUCACCCGCGCAUUCGUCUGUGUUCCACCGACCUUCAAAAACACGAGAGAAGAAUUUAUCAAACCCUUGCGUCAACUAUCAUCCCCAUCUCCUCCUUCAAACGAACAAACCUCGUCAACAAAUCCUCCAAUCCCAACAGCAUUCGCCUCAGGCUCGGACCUCCGCUGGGGUCUCCGCGUCGUAGCAGCUUAUGGUGACCGCCUCGUGCUGUACUCGAUUCCCUUGGAUGUGUACAAUGUGAUCCGCAAGGAACGAGAACAACAAGCUGAAGGUGUGAUGGGUGAUAGCGACCUUGCCCGCGACUGGUACCUUGACUCAGAUCAGCCCCGAAAGCGCUGCGAGAGCUUGGUGCAGAACCAGAAUGGCGAUUGGGAGUUUCUUUUGUCUGUCUCUUAUCGACCUACUGCCAUGAUGUGGCCGUUCAAGAUCUAUGGGAAGGAGAUAGGAACUGUCAAGGGAACUGUUGAGCUUGCUUUGCAGUCCUCCCAGGGUGGGGCCAGGGUCUGGGCUUUUGGAGAUGAUGGGAGAGCGACUGUUUUGGAUAUUGAUAUUGGUGAUGCUCCCACUCGAUCUCUUGGUGUCGGUUCUGAUGGGGCGUUGGAGGAUCGUGGUGUCCUUCGGAGCUUAGGUUCGAGUCCUGCACUGCAGGCUUCAAGCAAACGGAGGUUCGAGGAGGCGCAUGGUGGGUUCUCGGGUAGAUAUGGUGCUGGUCGCCAUUCGGUUGAUGGGAUGGAUGGAAUCAAGCCUUGUGCUGCUGGUGUUCAUGGGGUGCAUCAGGAUCCAUCGGUUCGGCGUUCAUCCUUUGCGGCUUGCAUUAUAGAUUUCAAGAUUCCCGAGUUGGGGUGA